CCAACCGCGAAUCCAAAAGUAUGUGGAUUCACCAUCCACCGCCAACCCUUGCAGUACUUUUCGACCUCACACUUGUGCAAAUUGAUUUUUGCCCAUCAGAUCUCUCGCAACAAAAUGCGUAGACCGUUCGGACAUCAUCUUCUUCCAAAAGCCGCUGCUUUCCAAACUCGUUCCAUUGAUCAACAUCCGCCCUCACACACACGCUAUCCCAAGAACCACCACCAUCCAAGACCGCAAUUUCUCGGAUCCAAGACCCUCCGCCCGCACCCUCCAAUCAUAUCUAAUGAGAAGGUGUGGGGUUGAAACCUCGAGUGUACGCUCCAGGACUACGCUAAUGCAUACUUACUUUGUGUAGGGAUUACCGUUUCGUACCCUACGCAUACUCAUACCACUUGUGUUUUUUGACGAAUGUCAAUACGCUAUGAUAACUGGAUUUGUUUUCAGUAUUCUCAAUUCGACUCGGAAUCGGGGAUGGUUACUACGGACCUCUUAGCUUGGGCGAGAUCAACCCUCCGCCUCCCCCACAAGCAUCUCGCUACCGCUACAGAGAAACAACGAUAAAAAAACAAGAUAGGGACGUUGACCACAGUAUAUUCAAGUCUCCAAGUCUCCAGAAUUUCUCUCAACACUUGUAGUCGUGUACUUACCUUGACUUCUAUCGCAUAGUUCGCAUAUUCGGUUCGCGGAAUCGCAAACUUCGAAACAUCUCGGUGUUUGCGCUAAUGCACGGGAGGGACGGGAUGUGCACAGUGUUUCGUCCCUCCCCCCCCCCCCCCCCCCCCACAGGAUCGCGAACACGACUCAAGCGCUUGCAACGCGAAUGCGGGUGUUUGACUGCAAGCGCAGAAUAACACUUUUUGGAAUUCGUACAUGGUGAAGGUUGGGAGUGACGUGUACCCGGUGCCUGGAAGACUGCAUUCCAUAUACCACGCAUGAUCUUUGGACUCUAGAGGCAGUAGAAAGGUAGGGACAAGUACUGACACCUUAUAAGAAUAUUCCGCGAAAUACUCGUUUAGUAAGCAUGCAUUUCGACGCUGCCAGGAUCCACGGGGUCAAAUCAGUGUUCAUAGCCCAAUUUGAGGCACAAGAUCAUUCAGUCUAAUGUGGUGGCAAAUCGCAGAUUCGCGUGAUGGCUUGCAUGCAUAUGGAUAUUAUUCAGCGGGGUAGGUAAUGAUGAAUUCAUACGACCAUCCAAACCCCGGCCAGCUUCCAACAUUCUCAUAGAUCUUCGCAAUAUUCAUAAACAUUCUCACCAUUACACUCCAUAUGAAGCUGACAAGUUUAGCAGCAUUCCCGUAGUUGCUUAGCGCACUGCAUGCCAGUGAGCGAGCCUGCAGUCAGCUGAAUAGAUCCACGGUCUUUCUCCAUUCUACCCGGCAUCUGUAGUUUCCCACCAAGCUGAGUGAAUAUUAACUCAUAGAACGACCAGAUUCGGAUAUGCUAAGUGGUUUGACAUAUGUCAUAGCUGGUAGAUAUGACGACUGGAACUACAACGUUCCAUCACUACUUCCAAUCGUAGUAUAACGGACAUAAAGGAGCUGAUCAUAAGCCCAAUCGGAACCAUGUUCAUUCUAUGUCGAACUAUUCGAUCGCAAGCAUCUCUUAUUCGUGAGAAAUUCCCGAUACUCCAAGAUAUCUCCGGCUUACUAUCCGUUGAUGCCUGCGGAUAUUAGUUGAGUAAUCAUAUCUAGGAAAUAGAUGAAGAACAACUAACGUCUGAAUAAUAUAAGCGGAACGGUCAGUGUUGACACUCAUAUGAGGUAGACAUGAUUAUUUCAAAUCUAGUGGUUUGUCAGUGAGGCGAGCCUGACGAUGAUUGGUCAAUUCCCGAGCAAACCCCGAAUGGCGUCAUUGAGCCCGAAUUUCUAAGCACGGAAAACCUCCUACUGCCAUUGUCACUUCUUUUGGAUGCAUAUAAACCCAUCUGAACCCCCCGACAACUGAAUCGCAUCUCCAAAAACAACCUCAAAGUCUUCACUCGCAUGUCACGCAGCAUUCAGCAUUUAAUCUCGCACUCUUCUAUUGCCAGAACACAGCCAAUCACACAGCUUUCUCGCCGAACGAUACAACCAAUUGCGCACAUCUCUCGCCACUCCCGAAACAUGACCACCGCAACUUUCCGUCACAUUGACCAAUCCUCCUACACGGGCAAGCCCUGGGGUAAAGUUGAUGGGCCAGGCACUUCUUUCCAGCUCAAAGAUCACCAGAGGACCCUUCACAACAUCCGCGGACGCGAAUCCGAGUUUACAACCGACAAUUCCGGGUUUGCCGUUUAUAAGCAUCCCGCGCAAGAGAAGCUAUUCACAGACGAUGCCGCAGUGCGAAAUGGGUACUAUGCCGAAGUAGAAAGCAUGCUCAAGUCUAAGAUUCCUGGAAUCAAAAAAGUCGUCAUAUUCGACCAUACCAUCCGCCGCAGGAACAAAGACGCGCCUCGCCAGCCCGUGCAGCAAGUUCAUGUGGACCAAACGCCCGGGGCCGCUGAAGUGCGUGUGCGCCGCCACCUCCCCGAAGAUGAGGCAGAGGAUCUUCUGAAAGGAAGGUAUCAGAUCAUCAACGUAUGGCGACCAAUCGAAAAUCCUGCCUCAGACAUGCCACUUGCCGUCAUCGACUGGAGGUCUACUACGCCGUCCGACUUCAUCCCCGUGGAUCUUAUGUACCCGACUCGCGAUACAGAGGAUGAUGAUGAUCGCGGCAAGGAGCAGAAUCCCGAUCCCAACUCCUAUGAUUCUACGGUCGGCUACUCGGUCAAGGGCGAGACCCUCGGCGUAGCGCCCAACGAGAACCACAAGUUCUACUACAUGAAAGACAUGACUCCAGAGGAAACCAUGCUGCUCAAGUGCUAUGAUUCAAGAGGAGAGGGCGAGCCUUUGGGUCAAAGUGGAAUUGCAGUGAGGACACCGCACACGGCGUUCGUGGAUCCUCAGACACCAGCGGACGCACCGGGAAGGCAGAGCAUUGAAGUCAGGUGCUUGGUGUUCUACGAGUAA